CCGGUCGUCAGCUCGAAUUUUCUCUAUAAAUAAGAGCAGCAAGAGCUUAGUACCUUCGUGUCAUCGAGCGCCGAUUCCUUCUUUGGGUCUCUCUGCUCUGAAAGUUCGCCUUCUCUCUUAAUCUACUUCAGAUCUCUACCCAAUUUUCCUCUUCCAGCUUGAGAGAAUGGAGACUUUUCUAUUUACUUCUGAGUCUGUGAAUGAGGGUCACCCAGACAAGCUCUGUGACCAGAUCUCAGAUGCAGUUCUUGAUGCUUGCCUUGCUCAAGAUCCUGAUAGCAAGGUUGCUUGUGAGACCUGCACCAAGACCAACAUGGUAAUGGUUUUUGGAGAGAUUACAACCAAGGCGGACGUGGACUACGAGAAGAUCGUCCGAGACACUUGCCGUUCCAUUGGAUUCAUCUCGGAUGAUGUGGGUCUCGAUGCUGAUAACUGCAAGGUCUUAGUCAACAUCGAGCAGCAGAGCCCUGAUAUUGCCCAAGGUGUCCAUGGCCAUUUCACUAAGCGGCCUGAGGAAAUUGGUGCUGGUGACCAGGGUCACAUGUUUGGCUAUGCCACAGAUGAGACCCCUGAAUUGAUGCCCCUUAGUCACGUCCUUGCAACUAAGCUCGGUGCUCGUCUCACCGAGGUGAGAAAGAAUGGUACCUGCCCAUGGUUGAGACCUGACGGUAAGACCCAAGUUACUGUGGAGUACUACAACGACAAUGGUGCUAUGGUCCCUGUUCGAGUCCACACAGUGCUUAUCUCCACCCAGCACGAUGAAACUGUCACGAACGAUGAGAUUGCGGCUGACCUUAAGGAGCAUGUCAUCAAGCCUGUGAUCCCCGAGAAGUACCUUGAUGAGAAGACCAUCUUCCACCUCAAUCCCUCUGGUCGAUUCGUCAUUGGUGGCCCACACGGAGACGCAGGUCUCACUGGUCGUAAGAUCAUCAUCGACACUUAUGGUGGAUGGGGAGCUCACGGUGGAGGUGCUUUCUCUGGAAAGGACCCAACCAAAGUGGACAGAAGUGGUGCUUACAUUGUCAGGCAGGCUGCCAAGAGCAUUGUAGCUGCCGGUCUUGCUAGGAGGGCAAUCGUGCAAGUCUCUUAUGCCAUUGGUGUGCCUGAACCGUUGUCGGUCUUUGUCGACACAUAUGGAACUGGGAAGAUCCCCGACAGGGAAAUUCUCAAGAUUGUGAAGGAGAACUUCGACUUCAGACCUGGAAUGAUCACCAUCAACCUGGACUUGAAGAGAGGUGGGAAUAACAGAUUCUUGAAGACAGCCGCAUAUGGACAUUUUGGAAGGGAUGACCCUGAUUUCACCUGGGAAGUUGUGAAGCCUCUCAAAUGGGAGAAGCCUCAAUCUUGAUGGGUUCGACCGUUGAAAGCCACCAUGGAAAUUGGAAAACCGACCUUUGUUAUUAAGGAAUGAAUAAUGUGUGCUGCCCUUAUAACCUAAGGUAGUAGUUACUAAUGUUGUUCUUUUUUCUUUCUUCUUUUUUACAUGUGAGAUCCUUUUGUCUUCGCCUUACUUCUUGCUCCUUUUCUUUUUGCUUUACUUUGCCUCCAUGAUGUGCCUUUUUUGUAUCAGUUUUUAUAAUAUGAAAGGGGAUUUUGUCCAAGUUCAAAAUUUGUCGGUGAUGGAACUAAAAUGACUGGCAUUUAUUGGUGACAA